CUUCGUCCUUGUUUGAUUCCAUCGCGACAGCGGAACUAGUCUGUUUACUCGCAAGCUGGUCGCUCUAUGAUGGCGUCACCGGGAAGGUAAAAAAAAAUUGGAACUUAAAUAAUACGUCAUUGAAUUUCAAUCUCCGUGUACAUGUGUACAUUCAGGGUCAGUGACUAAUUCAUUUUAACAUAGUUGGCUUCAAAUUGCGAAUUGUGAUACAUUGCGAUAUACCCAUUCUUUAUGUGUUUGGUGGUCUAAGCUAUUUGUCAAAUUGUAAAUACAGAAAUACAUGUAUUGUAACAUAAGUGGCUAAACAACAAUAAAAAAUAAAAAAGCUAGCUUCGUUCAAGCUAACUGAUCAACGGAGGCGUCCAAGGAUCAAUAAUCCCAAUGUAUGUACAACAGCCAUUAAAACGUGUGUGUUCCUGUGUAUAGUUUAAUCAUAUAGUCCCCCAUUUGCCAUGAUUUUAAUACUAGCAGGUUUAAGGCCAGCAUUACUAAAACAUAAGAUAGUACAUGUUCUGGUGAAGGCAUGUCUAUGCUCGGGAGCCAAGGAGGAUGAUGAUGAUAUCACCACCAACCUAGGGAACCCACCAAAAUUAUCAAAGAAGAAAUGGAGAAAGAAUUUCAGGAACAAGCCUGCAUCAAAUGAACACCUGCCCUGGGAGGAGAGACUGGCCGACUCUGUCACUCCUCUGUGGCGGCUGAGUUACUACGAUCAACUCCAGCUGAAACAGAAGCACCAGGAGAUGAUCCUACUACAGCUCUCAGAUCAGCUCUUAUGUGGAGAGUCGACCCAACAUAAGGCCUUGACACAAUGUCCUUCUCCACCCAGGAGUACCAAACUCAGCUUCCCUCUGCUGCCUAUCUUACCGUCACCUGUCAGGGACGGCUACCGUAACAAGUCUACCUUCUCGGUCAACCGUGGCGUGGAUGGCAACCCUAAGACGGUGGGGUUCUACGUGGGAACGGGAAAGGUGGGAAACAUUGUGUGUGUGAACGGGGACCACCUCCUCAACAUGCCCGAGAGACAUAAGCUGGUGGCCAGGUGCUACCAGGACUUCCUCCGCCUUUCAGCCCUGGAGCCCUGUCUGCUGUUCCACGACGGAGGCCACUGGAGGGAGGUGACAGUGAGGACCAACGCAGCAGGCCACACCAUGGCCAUCGUCUAUUUCCACCCACAGAGGCUCACCCCGGAGGAGAUAGAGGUCCAUAAGUCCUCCCUGGUGGAGUACUUCACCCAGGGGCCUGGUGCCAUCUGCCAACUAGACUCCCUGUACUUCCAGGAGAGCUCCAUGACCCGUUGCAGCCACGAGGAAUCCCCCUACCAGCUGCUGCAUGGCCAGCCACACAUACACGAGGAGAUUUUGGGGUUCAAGUUCCGCAUCUCGGCAGACGCCUUCUUCCAGGUGAACCAAGGGGCGGCGGAUUCGCUGUACCGCACAGUGAGAGAGAUGGGCCUCCCGAAUGGAGCUCGAGAGGGAGGAGGAGGGGGCACACUCUUGGAUGUGUGUUGUGGAACGGGGGCCAUCGGUAUCACCAUGUCCCCCAGAGCGGACCGGGUCAUCGGGAUAGAACUUAUCCAGCAGGCCGUGGAAGACGCCAGGCACAACGCAGCCCUCAACCAGAUCCAGAAUUGUGAGUUCCUCCCUGGGAAAGCCGAGGUUGUCCUUCCUGGGCUCAUGGAGGUCCUGGGCUCCACCACUGACUCUGGAGGCCCCCUCACGGCUGUGGUGAACCCAGCCCGCGCUGGCCUGCAUUAUCGUGUGAUCCGGGCUCUAAGGAAUAACUCAUCCAUCCGCAGGCUGCUCUAUAUUUCCUGCAAACCCGAAGGAGAGGCCAUGAGGAACUUCAGGGAGCUGUGUUGCAGUCCCGACCCACAUAGGAAGCUGACAGGCGAGGCUUUCAGGCCGACUGUGGCUGUGCCUGUGGAUAUGUUCCCUCACACGCCACACUGCGAACUGCUGCUGGUCUUUGAAAGAUAGUUAAUUACUACCACUACAACUUCUAUAUCAAGUUUCUUACACAUUGUGAAUUCUUACACAUAGUGAAUGGUGUCCUCUGGAUUGUGUGAUGACUACAGAGAUAAAACAGUAAAAUCAGUGGAAACUCAAUUCCAAAAUCCUCUCAAAAAGGAAAGUGAUUAUUACAUUUUUUUAAAUGCUGAGAGCUUUUCAAUGUCAUGUAGAAUGUUGAAUGAAAGUUGUGUUAUUCAGAGACAGAUGCAAGUCUAAUGAGGGGGUUGUGUUCCUAUAUCCUGCAGCAGCAGUGAAGCAAAACAUUUCCUGCCUUUUGUGAAUGGAUCAAAAGUAGGAAAUGAGUGGAGAGCAGGGGAAGUGUGUUUGGGGUUGCUUGCUCACAAAAUGCAAGUAUAGAUUCUACACUAUCUUCCUGUAUUCUGUGUUUGAAUGAGGCAUAUGCACAUGCUGUAUUUCCUGUUACUUCAUGUUACAUGCCUGAACUGAGUAGGCAUAAAGUCUAUAUAUCUACACUA